AUGUCCGCCUACUCGGACGACGAGGAGCAUGAUCCCCAGGCGGAUGAGCUCCGCGAGACCGCCUUGGUUACGCUUGAGGCGUUGAUCAGCUCUUGCAACCAACAGAUGCAACCAUACUUGAUGAAUACGACCCGAUCUGCCCUCCGAUUCCUCAAAUAUGAUCCUAACGUCGCUGAAACCGAGGACGACGAAGAGAUGGGCGGAACCCAAGACGAUGGAAGUGAAGACGACACUACGGAGGACCCCGACAUGGACGAUGAAUUCGAGGAUUUUGAAGAGGAAGGUGGCUACAGUGACGUUGACGACAUGAGUUGGAAAGUGCGUCGAUGUGCUGCCAAGCUCCUUUCCACCGUGAUCUCCACCUACGGCCGUGCCCGCGCCGCAGAUAACUCAGCUCUGUUCCAACAGAUUGCUCCAGCUCUGGUGUCUCGGAUCAGCAAGGAACGAGAGGAGAGCGUGAAGCUGGAAUUGGUGUCCACAUUGACUGCGCUGGUUCGCAAGACUGGUGAGGGAUCCAUGAUCGUGACUUCCAAUGACUUCAUGGAGGCCAUUGGGGGAUCGAAGAACUCUAGGAAACGCAGACGUCAAGACAGCGACGCAUCUAUGAUCGAUUUCGAACCAAGCGCGACUUCAUCGGCAGUGGACUCUCCGGUCGUUCCAUCAUCGCCCAAGUCUGGUCCCCAGGCCGAUCUGGCUCGCUCCGUUCCUUUGAUUGUUCAGAACCUUGUCAAGGUGUGGAAGCAAGCUUCGAUCCCUCUCAAACAGGCCGCAAUCAUCCUCCUCAAAAGUCUUUCCUUGGUUCGCUAUGGAGGUCUUUCCAACCAUCUCCAGCAAAUCGAAGACCUCAUCGUGGAUGCAUUGGAAACCUCCUCCCUCUCAGGAAGCACUCCGGCUCACACCGGAGCUGCCGUUAGUGCAGGCACUCUGCAGAUCGAAACCUUAGCUCUCAUCGCAGCAAUUGCCGAGACACAUCUGUCCGAUGCCUUGCUUCCAUUCUUGAUUGCUCUUGUGCCCGGAGUCAUUGCAGCUGUCAACGAUCGCAAUUACAAAGUCAGCAACGAGGCAUUGGGGUCUGUGGAGCAGAUUGUCAAAGCCAUGACACCUCCCCGAUUCUCUGCCAAUGCUUCCGAUGUCAACUCGCAGUUGCAGAAGCUCUACGACAUUGUUCACUCACGCAUCACCGACACAAGCGCUGACCUCGAAGUCCGUCAACGGGCAAUCCACGUCUUCGGUGUCAUCCUUGCCCGAACAUCUGGGGAACGGGGCUUGGAAUUCCUCUCCGCAGAAAGAAGAUCCAACGGCCUGGCUGUUUUGGUCGACCGAGUCAGGAACGAGACCACCCGUCUAUCUGCGGUCCGUGCUGUCGACGACGUCGUUGCCCUUGCCGAACGCAAGCAGGAUGUCCCUAGUGAGUGGGUCAACAGUGUUGCCGUCGAACUCAGCUCGAACCUGCGCAAAUCAGACCGCGCCUUGAGGGGUGCAUGCUUGGAGGCUCUUCGCAGCUUGUCGAUGAACUCCCAUGUCCGAUCUCAUCUGACUGCGGAGACAAUCGUGGUCCUUGAGAACUCCGUUCUGCCCCUUCUUGCUGCUGCUGAUUUCCACACACUGACCCCGACCCUCAUUGUCAUUGCCAAGCUCGUCCCCGGCAAUUCAAAACUACUAGUCAACGAUGCUCUGAUUUCUUCUAUCUGUUCAAUUGUGAAAAAGCCAUUGGUGGGGACCGUCCUCAGAGCCUUGCUACUGUUGGUUAAAGUUAUUGGCGACGAGGGCGCCGGUGCCAGCUUGAUGCAAAACCUGUUGCGAGACGUUGGAAUCACCGGUGAAUCUUCCGUGGUCGGCCGAGCCGUCGGUACCCUUCUUGUUCACGGUGGGCCAAAUCUCGGAGUUACCAUGGAUGACUUCUCUACCGAGCUGAAGACUGCCCGGGACGAUAGCAGAAAAUGCCUUGCCCUCGCUAUUCUGGGUGAGAUUGGCUUACGCAUGGGCCCUGAGUGCUCCCUGUCUCCCGACCUUUUCAUCCCUCAUUUCAACUCCGAAUCAGACCCAGUACGCUUGGCUGCUGCUACCGCUCUUGGAAAUGCUGCCGCUGGUAGUGUCAAAGCAUACCUUCCGAUCAUUCUCAACGGGUUGGAGAAGGCGAACCCCCAGAGUUAUCUGCUGCUACACUCCGUGCGGGAACUGUUGCAGCACCCAGAGGUUGUCCGUCCCGAUCUUGCGCCGUCGGCCCACAAGCUGUGGCAUGCUCUUCUGCUCGUCUCGGAAGAGGAAGACAAUCGCGCCGUGGGCGCGGAAUGUGUCGGACGCCUCGCCCUUCUUGACCCUGUUGCUUACAUCCCUCACUUCCAAGAGUAUCUGGCCAACUCCGACCCCGCCGUCCGUGGUGUGGUUAUCUCGGCAUUCCGCUACACGCUGGCCGAUUCAAGCGACGCUUACAACGAUGUCCUUCGUCCUUUGAUGGUCCCACUGUUGACCAACAUGCUCGGCGACAGCGAUCUUGGCAACCAUCGUCUUGCCUUGACCACUCUCAACUCCGCAAUUCACAACAAGAUGGAGCUCCUGCUCCCCCAUCUCGACGAGCUGCUUCCGGCUGUGCUGGGUGACACCAAGAUCAAGCCGGAGCUUAUCCGCGAAGUACAGAUGGGUCCAUUCCGGCACAAGGUAGACGACGGCCUCGAUCUGCGCAAGAGCGCAUACGAGACCCUUUACGCUUCCCUCGACACCUCGUUCUCCCGCACUCACAUGACCGAGCUCUUCGAUCGCAUCCUCGCCGGUAUCGACGAUGAGCAGGACAUUCGGGCGAUCAGUAACCUCAUGACUUCCAAGCUAAUCAAGAUUGCCCCCGAAGAUACCGAGCGUCGUCUGGACGCGUUGUCGGAGCACUACACCGCCGUUCUCUCUUUCAAACCGAAAGAUAACGCCGUCAAGCAAGAGCUGGAGAAGGCGCAGGAGGCUUCGUUGGGCAUUUUAAAGAUCACCCGGGAGCUCAGCAAGGCGUUUGGCGGGGCGGAGUCAUCGGGCGAUCUCCACAAGUGGAAGGCAUACAUGGAGUUUGUGCGGAAGAAUUUCCAGCAGCAGUUCGCCUCGUUGGAGAACGACUUCUGA